GCCCCGCAGCCCGCGCCCGUUCCGCUGCCCGCCCGCGCGCCAGCGCCAGGCACGGCGGCGCCCGCCGAGCAUGAGCGCCGAGGAGAACGAGCGCCGAGCCCCGGCCGCUGCAGGACAGCUCGGCGCCGGACCCGCGCUGUGGCCGUGCCCCAGUCCACGGCGCUAGCGCGCCGACCGGCACCAGCAGCGGCGCCAGCCCCGCGGCAGCGGCAUGUCCGAGAGCGACGGCGAGCAGGCGGCCCGGUCGCUGGCGCUCGAGCAGGCCUACGUGCACGAGGUGUACGAGCAGUGCGCCGAGCGCAGCGUGCAGGGCAAGCACUGGCCGCGCAUCGACCGGUUCCUCGAGGAGCUCGAGCCCGGCGCCCUCGUCUGCGACGUCGGCUGCGGCAGCGGCAAGUACCUGGACGUCAACCGCAGCGUCUUCAAGAUCGGGGUCGACCGCUGCUCGAGGUUCGGCGGCAUGGCCCGCGAGGGCGGCCACGAGGUGCUCGCGUGCGACAACCUGUCGCUGCCGUUCCGGGACGAGAGCUUCGACGCGGCGCUGUCGAUCGCCGUGGUGCACCACUUCUCGACGACCGAGCGCCGGGUGCGCGCCCUCAAGGAGCUGGCCCGCGUGCUCAGGAUCGGCGGCCGCAUCGUCAUCUCCGUCUGGGCCAUGGAGCAGAAACACCGCAAGCAGUUCGAGUCGCAGGACGUGCUGGUGCCCUGGCCGAGGGCCUACUGGCUCAGCGCGACGGGCAGCCCGCUGCGAGCGCGAGGCGCGGCGCGCGACCAGUGCCGCCGCGGCGGCGGUAGGCGCGCGCCCGCCGCCCAGCUGCCCUCCAAGAGCGCCGCCGGGAACAGGUGCGCCGCCAAGAGCUACUGGGUCGACCCGAUCUUCAGCCCGUCGCCGUCGACCAGCAGCAGCCUGUCCAGCCCCAACGAGACCUGCUACAGCUUCGUGCGGCGAGCGCUGCAGAGGCUGGCUGGCGGCCGGCGGGGCAGCCGCGCCUGGUUCCUCGAGAACUGGCAGGCUCAGCGCCGACGCGGCGUCGCUGACGAGGACGACGGCGACGCGGACGACCUCCCAAUAGAGCUGCGCCGGCUGGAGGAGCGCGGCGGCCCCGAGCGGGCCGCGGCGCUGGCGCCGGCCGCCGGGCCCGGGCGGCCGCGGCCGCGCCGCUUCCGGCGCGGCGUCGGCCCCGCCAAGUCCAGGAGCCUGGGCAGCAUCCACGAGGCGCGGCGCGCGGCCAUGGUGCGGUCGACGUCGAGCGUGCCGGGCCUGUGCGUCGGCGGUCUGGACGAGCGCCUGCAGCAGCGAGCUGCCGACGCGGCGGCGACGUUCGCCCAGCCUCCCAGGCUCGUCCGCCAGAGGACGCGCUACCGCGGCCGCCGCGACGACGGCGACGGCGACGGCGACCGCGACGCUGAGUGCGGCCUCCACCGCGACACUGCCAUUCGCCAACCGCUCGGGGGCCUCUCGGGGCCGCAGUCGACGCCGCCGCAGCAAGCGUCGAAACGCGGCAGCGUGCACAAGCAGAGCUCGCUGAACGAGGAGCUGAUGUCGAUAGAGCGGCUGGAGGAGCGCGAGAACGUGCGGCGCAACAUCAUGAAGCAGGCGUCGUUCAACGAGGAGCUCAUCUACAAGAGCAAGCCGACCCUGGAGACGCUGCGCGAUAGCUUCUACUCGGCCAGCGCCUCCAAGCGCUUCCAGCUGCUCAAGAACGGCCUGACCAACCGCAUCCGCCAGUCCACCACCAACAUCGAAAAGGUCUCGGGCAUGUCCCUGAAGAACGGCUUCGCGCGCAUGCUGCAGAGCUGGACGUCGGCGGAUAGUCUGGCAAGCACGACGAGCGGCACUGCCGAUCAUCCGAGAAACCAGCAGCAGCAGCAGCAGCAGCAGCAACAGCAGCCGCAGCAGCCGCAGCAGCUGCAGCAGCGUCAGCAGCAGCCACCGCAACAGCAGCUGCAACACCAGCCGCAGCAGCAGCAGCAGCAGCAGCAGCAACUGCUGGCAAAGCACGAGGUCGAGCGGCGCUCGUCGCGCGAGGACGGCUCCGACUCCAGCAAGGACAGCAGCCUGCAGAGCGACACGAGCGUCGACUCGGAGGACAGCUUCGCCUCGGUGAUCUUCGUGCCGAGGAAGCAGCCGACGAGCCCGCUGCCGACCGAGGCGACGCCCCCGGCCGCCCACCCACUGAACGCCACCUCGGCGCCGCCCUCGCCCCGCGUCAAGUACGCACCCGAGCUCCUCGGCGCACACUGGUCCGGCGUCCGUCCCGGCCCCCGCCGCCGCCCGGCAGCCUCCACGCGACCGCUCUCGCCCGCUCUCUCUUGCAGGCUGAAGCUGAUGUCGGUGUCGCCGCUGCUCAAGCAGUUUCCCGCGACGAGCAAGAGCCUGCCGCCGCCCAGUCCGCCGGGCCUGUCGCCGCGCGCGCCCGGCCCGGCGGCCGCGCGGCCUUUCUUCUCGGGCGCCGACGUGCCGCUCACGGAGCGCAUCGCCGAGGCGCGGCGCGGCUUCGACUCGCAGCCGGCGCUGCCGCGAAUGCCCAGCACCGACAGCGGCCACGGCAGCAACGGCGUGGCCAGCGCGCAGCCGCCGCGCCCCGCGGGCCCGCCCCGGCCGGCGCGAGCCCCGCACUCGGACUCGGACGAGGGCUCGGGGGACGAGGGCCGGCGCGGCUCGCCGCCGGCGGCCGCCGAGGAGGAGCGCAGCCGGCGCGCGCGCCUCGACCAGAUCAAGCAGCUGCUCGGCCAGAAGCCGGGCUUCGCCGCGCGGCCGCGCGCCGCCGCCUUCCCGAUCGUGCGCCGGGCCUCCGCGGCCGCGGGCGGCCAGCUGGACGCGGUGAGCAAGGUGCUGCCGCGGCUGCUAUCGCUCGAGCUGUUCAAUCCGGAGACCGACGACCUCGACAGCGACUCCAGUGGCGUCAGCUCGCCCGAGUCCGCCGGCUCGGUCAUCAGCGUCAUCUCCGACGAGCGCUUCGCCGCCAGGAGGGCGACCGUCGCCGAGCCUGCCGCGUCCGUGGCGGCCGGCGGCGCCUUCGACGACUGCGCCGACAGGCUGAAGGGCGCGCUCAUACAGGACAUCGACCAGUUCUGCCGCGCCUCCCAGCUGCGCAUGGACGACCACGUCGUCUCCUCGCGGUAUACGCUGAACCGGAAGCAGCAGCCAGCCGACAACGACGGCAAGUCGGAGGAGCAGAGGCAGCAACGGCAGCCGCAGCAGCCGCAGCAGCCGCAGCAGCCGCAGCAGUCGGGGGCGGAGGCGACGGACGCGCUGCAGCGCAGCUGCUCGGAGGAGAGCAGCGACGCGGGCCUGGCGCUGGCGUGGUCGAGCGGCGAGUGGCCGGCGGAGCGGGCGCGGGCCGGCGGCGGCCGGAGCCAGCGGGCGCCGGGCCUGGGGCGCGCGCGCCUCGGGCGCUCGGCCGAGUCCAGCGACAUCGGCGACUCGCUGAGCGAGAGCGCGGACUCGUGGUCGCUGGCGGGCGCGCGGCGGGCCUGCGCCGGCAGCACCGCCUCGCUGGCCGCGCGGCCCAGCCCGCGACUGGCCGCGCAGACCCGCUCGGCCUCGGAAGAGGCGCCGCGCGCGGCCGCGCGCCCCCGCCCCGGCCCCGCCAGCGCCAGCCAGGGCACGCUCAGCGGCUCGUCGUCGCAGGAGUCGCUGCCCUCCGACCAGAUCACCUACCACCAGUACUACCACGUGUUUCGCGAGGGUGAGCUCGACCAGCUGAUCGACAGGCACGUGGAGAACUUGCACGUCAUCUCCUCGUACUACGACCACGCCAGCUGGUGCGUCGUCGCCGAGAAGGUGCAGGUCUGGACCAUUUGACUGCCGCUGCCGGCCUCCCUCGUCGCCCCGCCUCUCCGCCUCCUGCUCCCCCUCCUCCUCCUCCUCCACCUCCUCUACCUCCUCCUGCUUCGCUUCUCGCUUCUCGCGCGUCUUUUGUACGCCGGACGUCCGACGGGGCUGCACCGGCAGCACCUCGCUCGCUUCUCUGUAAAUAGCCCGCGAACGUCGAGUCGAGGCUUUGCAGCCGAGUAGCGGUAGCGCGCUCAACAAACCAAACCAGCAGUAGGCUUGCUUCCCCCGUUUCGCGCAUCCCCCUUGCCACCUAGGCUAAGUACUCGGCGCCAGCGAUUCGUUGCGUCUUGCACGCACCGGCUCCCGCAUCUAGUCAUCGGUCUUCCACUGGCGGAACGACGCGGCUUUCGUUUCUCUCUCCUUCGUUGUUGUUGUUGUUGUUGUUGUUGUUGUUGUUGUUGUUAUUGUUGUUGUCGUCGUCGUCGUCGUCGUCGUCGUCGAGCGAGCGAGCGACAGCGCGACUGAAUUUCAGUGCCCGCGGCAAUACCUACGUUAUGGAGUUGUUGAUCUUUUUUCUUUCUUUCCUCUCCAUUUGGUAUGCGCGUGCGUACGAGGCGCGAGAGAGCAAGGCAACUCUGCCCCCGGCGAUCGCCUCCUCUUGCGUGCACGCACGCACGCUCGAUCCGAUCUCGCGCGCUCAACAUCCAAGCCGUUCAUUCCGCGCUCGGAGCUGCAGAGAACGGAAAAUGGGCCUCGCUGUGCGAAGGGCGCCCCCGUGUACGCGCGCGCGUCACGUCCAGGCACCAAGAUCUGCCGACCGCGAGAGGGAAUCGCGCAGCACUCUGGCCAAGGCCUCCGUGCGAUCUGCCGCGACCUCCGCUUUCCACGCGCGAAAACGAAGAUUCUCAUCCGUGAAAACACACACACGCGCACACACGAUAGCCGCGCAUAGGUAUUUAGUCCAUGAUAUUUAACUUGAGGGAAACAAAACUUACACAGGGUGCGCCGAUAGCGUUGGUCUGCUCUCCGCGACCUGUCGCGGGGAACACGCUGAAUUGCGAAAUCUCUCUCCUCUCUCUCUCAUUCUCUCUCUCACUCUCUCUCUCUCUCUCUCUCUCUCUCUCUCUCUCUCUCUCUCUCUCUCUCUCUCUCUCUCUUUCGAGGAGAUUCACCGUAGCGAAUCGCAACUGUACAUAAAUAAGAAAAUAUAUAAGUAGGUCGAAAAUAAAUUGUGAACAUCGAAAGAUGGCUCGAACACAAAGCUACUCGUACAUCAAGCAGCGAAUUCGUUAGUUUCCAAGGUCGAUCGUGAGCACCGGUUCGACCAACGACGUUGUAAAUAAAUACUCCCGAUGGAAGAGUUGAAGAGCCGAACGCUCUUUCUUCCCUUUUCGUCGGAAGCCUCAGCUUCUAGGGCACUGAGUUUCGCCAAAUUCUAGCUUGACGACUCGGUCAUUCUGGUCUCAACUCGUCCAAUGCACGAACUAUACGUCAGCUUCUAAACGGCAAGAGCAGAAAUUUAGCCAGAAAAUUCCAAUGAGCUUUUCGAAGAUUGUACGCAUUCUCGUAAUCACGAAGAACAACCAGAUUGCGUAGGACGCCAUAAUCCCGCCAUAUCAAGAAGCGACGAGCGCUCACGAUGCUUGCAUUGGAAAACAAACGCGACGAACUGUCGACGCAAUGCCAUGAGAACACAAGAUUGCAAGUUACAAAGCAGAGCAUUCAUAUAAAUAUAUAUGUAUAUUAUACACACACGCGCGCCCGCGCGCAUAUAUAGAUAAAUAUAAUAGGAACAAUUACAACACGACUGGUUCGAAGCAUGUAGAGGAAACAAAAGCGAGUUGAGAAAGAGAAAUAAAGCAAAUAAAUAAUUAGCGUGUAAGUGAGCAUAUGAAACGAGGAGCUUACCUCGACUCGUUACAAAGUUAAGUUUUAUAUCUAACGACCAUUGCGUAUUAUUACUAUGAAAAUUAUAUAUCAAGAGGGGCGUGAGAAAAUUUAAAUUGUAAGCACGUUACGAACGGGGGUUUCACGCUGAAAUUGUGAUAUUUCCAUGUAACGCCAGCAACGGACUUAACCAGCUAAUUAAUUAACGAGCAGCAGUUUCGCUAUUUACAAACGAUGCGCUAACGAUCAGACCGCUUAUCACUGAUAUAUCUUCCCUUCGAUAGAAUCGACCUGUUCCUGGCAUAUCAGCGUUGUUGUGCUGUUCGUGGCAACCGACUUUUUCGCACGAUGGUCCGAAAGCUGUUCUGCCGGAACGAUUGUCCAGUUCCGACCUUUCGUUUGCCACCACGUGGCAACUGGCAGAUAAAGGUGAACGAGGAUGUCCACCGCCAUACUCCUACAGUUCUCGUGGCUGCACGCUACCGAGUACUUGCUCGUCGAGUACCUACAUACGCGCGCGCGUUAAAAGUGAAAUAAGCGAACAACAUGAUAAAUGUAAGGCGAGCGGAUGACAGCUGAACUCUUUGCCGAUGGCAUACGUUAGCAAAAAACUCGAAAGAACAGCACACAAACAAGGAAAUAUUCAGGUUCGAAUCCUAGCUUACUAACGAAUAAGUACCUAACAAACAACAACUACUCCGAUUGUACCAAAUUUGGGCAUGAUCGUUUCGCAGAUGAUAUAAUAUAAUUCAAUAUUUGACAAA